AUGUGGGACACGUUGCCACACGGUUCACCAACGAUCGAAGCUGAACGACGACAGAAGGAAUUCAGACAAGGGGACGAUCCCGUCGUUUGGAAGGACAUGCUGGAUAAAGGCUCUGACUACGGUCGAUAUAUUGGGGUAGACUGCUCAAGUAGAGCGAUCAUCACGUCGCUAUUGAGUAAGCAUUGUGCUCCCCCUUUGUUGUUAGAGCUGGAACUCAAAGACCGCGAACGCGCACCCGAAGAUACGAGCGCGGGCUCGGUCCUCAUAGCUGAGGCGAAGGCACGCGAAGAAAAGCUGCAGCAAGAGUUGAAGGAGGAACAAGAAGAGGCCCAAGAACUGCACGGGAGGCUACAACAGAACAACCAGUUAGCGACCGAAAGCCGAGGCGUGGGAAACGGGAUUUCCCAAGGAGACAGGGAAGACCAGCGCGGAAUCGUAAGGAGACUCUUCGGGUGA